AUGGAUUAUUCCUUCUAUUCUACUCCCAACUCGCAGCAGCAGCCUUAUCCACUAUACAACCUACACGGGCUACCCGCCCCGGACCAGGUGCCUCGUGCUGAAGAUGCCCAGGGCACUUUUCCUCAUGGAUCACAUAAUUACCAGCCCUUCGAUCCGAAUUUACGCUUCACGGAUGCUCAUGGCAUUCCUUCUUUUGUCCCUCCCCCGCAUUCGCCGCCCGAAUCCCUGACCAAGCAAUCGGUGUCCAGCAGCGAUGUCGCCAACCCCCACUUCGACCGGGCUUCCCUGGAGGCCGAUGAUCUUCCUGUCGACUUCAACCCGGGCCGAAGUAGCAGCGAGGAGAAGGAUAGCGUGACACCAGCACAGUCUAAGCGGAAGGCACAGAAUAGAGCUGCUCAGCGCGCAUUUCGCGAACGCAAGGAACGGCAUGUGCGCGAGCUUGAGGAGAAAGUCAACAAUCUAGAGCAGGAAUCUAACACCCUAAUGGCGGACAACGAGCGACUCAAGCGCGAGCUGGCCAGAUUCACCACGGAAAAUGAGAUCCUCAAGGCGACGUCCGGCUCGUUCCGGCCGCCUAACCAGCAAUCUAUGGGUUCGGAACCGACGACGACUGGACCGCUGCAAUAUUCACCCACCGAUUUCAACCCGGGCUCCGACUCCACGGGCGAGCUUCCGCCGCGCCACAGAGUGACCACCUGUCAGGUCACCGGUGAGCGGCUCCUGGAUGCCGGAGCCACUUGGGAAUAUAUCCAAGAACAUGAGCUUUUCAAGCGAGGGUCGCUGAACAUUGCAGACGUCUACCAACGGCUCAAGGGCGCGGCUCAGUGUGAUGGCACGGGUCCGGCCUUCCGCGAGAGCGAGGUGCGCAAGGCCAUCGAGGAGAGCUCUGCCGCAUGCAGUGACGAGUUGAUAUGA